GGGCCGCCGCCGCCGCCGUGCCGCGCAAGGUUGUGCCCACAUGUGACCAGCUUAAACUAGUUCUGAAGACACAAAGGGAAAGGCAAGGCGAGAUAAGGAGCCAGAUAGCGGGGCGGGCGGUGGAGCAGGGCCAGGCGAGCGGCACGGCAAGCAGGAGGAGCAGCCUUCGUCACGACAGAGCGACCCAGGCGCCGGCAACGAGACCCGCAGCAUCCAUCCAGAAUGCAGGUCCGUGGACUCUAUUUGCUUUUGGUUCUGAUUCUUCUGGCUGCAUCUUCUGAGGCUGGCAAGAAUAAGAAAGAAAAGGUGAAGAAAAAUGGCUCGGAUUGCGAGGAAUGGCGCUGGGGUCCCUGCGUUCCCAACAGCAAAGACUGUGGUGUUGGCUUCCGCGAGGGAACUUGUAACGAAGAGACCAAGAAACUCAAGUGCAAGAUCCCCUGCAACUGGAAGAAGGAAUUUGGAGCUGAUUGCAAGUAUAAGUUUGAGAGCUGGGGUGGUUGUGACUCGGCAACAGGUCUGAAGUCCCGUUCGGGCACUCUGAAGAAGGCCCUCUACAAUGCCGAGUGCCAGGAAACUAUACAAGUGACCAAGCCCUGCUCUCCUAAGGCCAAGUCAAAAUCCAAAGCAGCCAGAAAAGGAAAGGGGAAGGACUAGAACGAUGGAUGCAGCCCCACUGUCUUCAGGGCAUGGUGCCUGAACCCUCUUGGACACACACCACUUGGAGCUCCAGCGUGGUCCCUCCCAGCUUGGCAGCCCUUUUGCCACAUCCCACCCCUCUUCUGCCUCCACAACCUUGCCCUUCACUGACAUACCGUUUCUAAUCACUAGUUUCCUAGGGAGCAAGCCCACCCUGUCGUGAAGAAAGCGCCCUUUUGCCUUCCCUGUAACAUCUCCUUUCUACCAUGCUUCCCCUCCUGCCGAUCUGUGCAUCUCAGUGCUCUUUGCUCUGGUUUGUUUCCCCGGAAUUCCGCACUGUGUUUUGAGAUGGGGCUGGGCUCUGGUAAGUUGUGGAUAGAGUUCUUCACCUUUGGGCUCCUUGGCUGAAGCCAUAUGGCCCUUUGGCGCAUCUCUCUCUCUCUCUCUUGCAAGCUUGGCAGCGAGGCCUGUGGUUUCCUCGUCCCCCAUGCAACUUCCCAUAGGCAAAACUCCAAAUUAAGCUAGCCAAGGAAACUGAUUUGGAGAGUGUAAUGGAGGGGAGGGGAAAGGGGGGAGUUAAUGAGAAGGGGGGAGCCCCAUGCCUGCCUUACAUUCCUCAUAAGGUGACUGUGUGCAGUAGGACUUACUUUGGUGUCGCUUUGAGCCCCUCAGACUUACAAGGGGCUAAAUCAGUGCCUGCUGCCCAGGUGCUGUGUGUGAAUGUCUGUUUCUGCCUCCCCCCUCCAGUAUAUAUAAAUAUAUAUAUCCAGUACAGGCUUGUUCAUAAGCAGACCAUCUGGAAGGUGUGUGUUUUCCAUGAGCUGUGUUUGACCUUUUGUCAACAAACCACCUUUUGCCUUUCCUUCACCACCCAAGAAUCUCCCUAGAGUUAUGAGCAUUGUCUUAUCUUUUUCAGUCACAAUGUCCUCAUUCCUUCUGUCCCUUCUUGUCUCUGUAUUUGCUGGGACACUGUGGCCUUGUCCUCCUUUUACUGGUGCUGGGUAAGCCCUCUUUGCUUUUUACAAUGCCCCCUCUUUUCCAAUAAAAGUCUUUUUACAAAAAAAAAG